AUGCAGAUCCCUGCACGGCCUCACGGACCCUACGGAUUUUCAGUGCGUCCACAGGCUACUCUCCACCCGGACUAUGCCAGCAGUGCGUGUCUGGCCACAGCUGCAAAACCCAGCUCGGGGAAAUCAUUCACCAUUGACGCUCUUCUCGCGAAACCUGACAACACUGAAAACACUAAGACAAGUCCAUUUCAGGGCUCACUGAACCCUACGCCAACACCACCAGGUCUCUUUCUACAUGCCGGACAGAUGUGUCCACCACUUCCACACUACCUGUACAGCCCGGCAAUGAUGCACACACAAUCCAGCUAUCCAGUCUACUGCUGUCCGCCUUACGGAUACCAGACAACAUGCCCGGGAACUGUUUAUGCACAAGGUGCCACACUGUCUAAAGCAGGAGUUCAUUCGCACUACAAGCACAAAGGAGGGAAGUCAAAGCGGAUGCGCACGAGCUUCACCAACGAGCAGCUGUCCCGCUUGGAGAAGGAGUUUGCGCGCCAGCAGUACAUGGUGGGAUCAGAGCGCUUCCUGCUCGCAUCCGCACUCCAGCUCACCGAGGCGCAGGUCAAAGUUUGGUUCCAGAACAGGCGCAUCAAGUGGAGAAAGCAAAGUCUUGAGCAACAGCAGGCCAAACUGGCCAAACUGGGACUCGCGGUUCCGCCGAAAAGCCCCGGAUCUCAAGGCCGCGAGGAUGAAGGAGACGAGGACGAGCACGAUUUCACAGAGGACUCUGAUGUUGAUAUUGAUGACUCCCUUCACGCCUGA